UCCAAUUGCCCUGUUUUGUUUUUCAGCAACCAUCUUAACCUCCCAAUAUUAAUUUCCCUUCAUUGCUAUACUUUCUUCUUUCAAUUCCUUGAUUUCCCAACUAUUGUCUUCACACCCCCUAUUUCGAUUGUGAAUAGGUCGGGCGUCUGAGUAUUCAACACUUGUAGUUGUCCGCUUUACCUUAUGAUUAUAUUCUUUCAAACAGUGCAUACAAACUCAGGAUAAGCAGUCCAACAAAUUAACUGCGACAACAAGUUGCCAGAGCUAUUUAGAAUGGCACGCAAAUUUCGACUGCAGAGGAGCAGAAAAUCUAAAAAGAAUGUUGAGUGCAGCAGUAGAACUGAUAGUGAUGGAAGCCUCCAUUCAGCUGCAUCGAAAUUCGACGAUGACUGCAGCUCUGCUACCACCGCUGGUGAAUCAUCUGUUCAAAUAACUGGAGCCUCCCAUGUGCACCAUACAUCAGGAGAUGUGGUCGACGUCCCAGUUGCUGACAAAUCACCACCAACUAGGCCACAACCUGGAGGGGAAGGUAAUGGUCCAACUUCCCAAGGGAAAAGAUCAGAAAGGCGUUCACUAUGCUGUGCACUGAUGUAUCAAGCUGCUCUCAGAGGUGACUGGCAAGCUGCUGCGCUUCUUUUGGAGACGCAUCCAAAUUUAGCUACCGAACAGAUUACACAAAGAGGUGAUACAGCCCUUCACGUGGCUGCUGCCACCAAACGCACCAAGUUUGUACAGGAACUGGUUAAUCACAUGAGUGCAAAUGAUUUAUUGUCUAAGAAUGUGCAUGGGCAUACCGCAUUUAGCUAUGCAGCUGCUUCAGGGAUAGUAGAAAUUGCUGCUGUAAUGAUGGAAAAGAAUGAGAAUCUGAUCACCAACUCAGGUAACAACGAAAUGAAACCCAUUUAUAUUGCAGCUUUGCUUGGAAACAGGGAUAUGGUUUCAUAUCUUUACCAAUUCACACGUGUUCAAGAUCUAUCAAUCGACGAAUGGUUUCAUCUUCUCAUAGCCACACUACGCAAUAACAUGCAUGAUAUAGCAUUAGAUAUAUUGAACAAGAAUAGUGAUGGCACAUCAAAUAGAUCUCUCGCAACAAGGACAAUAACAUCAGUUGUAAAGGGAAAAAAUGGUUAUCCUAGUACCACCAAGAAUGAAGGAACUGCCUUACACAAGUUAGCUGAACAGGAUUUAUCAGACAUCAAUGCGAGGCAAGAAGCAAUAUUGGAGACCUUCCUUAAGACAUUUGCUACAGUCCCACUUCUUUCACGAUAUAAAAAGAUUUUUGACCGACCUUUAGUGAGAAAAAGAGCUUGGUUAGUGGCUGAGAGGCUGUGGGCAGAGUUGCAACGAUCAGAAGGGGGUAAUGCGUUUGAGCUGCUCGAAGAGCCUCCAAUUCUCCAUGAAGCUGCCAAAGUAGGUAAUGUUGUGUUUAUAACCAUGCUCACUCGCAGUGAUCCUGAUCUUAUAUGGAAAAUUGACAGCAACAAACACUAUAUAUUCCAUACGGCUGUUUUACAUCGACAAGAGAAUGUAUUUAGCCUCAUUCAUCAGAUAGGAUCCAUGAAAGAAUUGAUUGCAAUAUCUUUAGAUAAUAAUUGUAACAACAUUAUGCAUUUAGCUGGGAAAUUAGCACCCCCCGACAGAUUGAAGACUGUAUCUGGCGCAGCUCUUCAAAUGCAAAGAGAGCUCUUGUGGUUUAAGGAAGUGGAGAAGGUUGUGCCACCUUCAUGUCUUGAGAUGAGAAACGGAGAAGGGUUACGACCAAGAGAAUUAUUUUCGCUGGAGCAUAAAUCAUUGUUGAUAAAGGGGGAAACAUGGAUGAAGGAUACAGCAAAUAAUUGCAUGAUCGUGGCAGCUUUAAUUGCCACAGUGGCAUUUGCUGCUGCAUUUACCCUACCAGGAGGAAAUAAUAGCGAUACAGGGAUGCCGAUACUUAUGAAGAAAACAUACUUCACAUUUUUCGCUGUAUCUAAUGGGGUAGCGUUGUUUAGCUCAACAGCUUCAAUCAUAAUGUUCUUGUCCAUCCUAACCUCGCGUUACCAAGAAGACGAUUUCCUCGUCUCUUUACCAACGAAAUUGAUAUUCGGGCUCGCCACACUCUUCACAUCUAUUGUUGGCAUGGUCAUUGCUUUCACAACCACCUUCUUUUUGCUCUUCCAUGAGGAAAAGACAUCGGUUCUCAAAUGGAUAGCUGUUUCUGCCUGUGUUUACCUUAUCACUCUAUUUGCAGGUCUGCACAUUCAGUUAUGGAUUGACACGAUAUGCUCAGCAUAUCGGUCCAGGUUCCUGUUUGGCAAAAGUAAGCAUACCCUUUACUGAAAAAUAAGAUGCCACAAGUCUUUUCUUCCUAGAAAUUAUUGAUCCACCUCCAUGCUUGUAUGUAAUUGGUUCCUUACAAGGGUACGUAGUGUUAUCGUUAAAUCUUGAAGUCACCCUCCCUUUGUAACCUUCACUGGGUAUAUAUACAAUUCAGUUUCUGCUUCCUGUUACAGUAAUUCUGCCCAUUCCUUGUCUGAACAUGUGCGAAUCAUCCACUACCAAAUAGCUAGCUAGCAAGGCAUGCAUGUCACAGUUAACUAUUAAUUAACCUCAUAUAUAUUGUAAAUUAACUAGAUUAGUUCCCAAUUGAUACACUUAGAAAUCCCACUGA